GGCUGGCGGCGGAGGUGCGAUGGAGUCGGUGCGGGCGGCGCGGUUGCAGCCGGGGCUGGGCUCGCUGCGCUCCCUGCGGCCGGGGGUUACCGGUGCCCCGGGGCUGGGGCCGGGGCUGGGGCUGCCGCCGCCGCCGCCCCCGCUGGGGCUGCAGGGCCCCGCUGCGCCGCCGCUGCCCGGCUCCGGGCCGCCCGCUGUGCUGCGGGAGGCGGUGGAGGCCGUGGUGAGGAGCUUCGCCAAGCACACGCAAGGCUACGGCCGCGUGAACGUGGUGGAGGCUCUGCAGGAGUUCUGGCAGAUGAAGCAGUCUCGUGGUGCUGACCUGAAGAACGGAGCGCUCGUGGUGUACGAGAUGGUCCCUUCCAACAGCCCCCCCUACGUCUGCUAUGUUACCCUGCCCGGGGGCAGCUGCUUUGGCAGCUUCCAGUUCUGUCCCACCAAGGCUGAAGCCCGGAGGAGCGCUGCCAAGAUCGCGCUGAUGAAUUCCGUGUUCAAUGAGCACCCUUCCCGACGGAUCACAGAUGAGUUCAUUGAGAAGAGCGUGUCCGAGGCUCUGGCAUCCUUCAAUGGCAAUCGAGAGGAAGCUGAUAAUCCCAACACUGGGAUCGGUGCCUUCCGCUUCAUGCUGGAAUCUAACAAGGGGAAAUCGAUGCUGGAGUUCCAGGAGCUGAUGACCGUGUUCCAGUUGCUGCAUUGGAACGGCAGCCUCAAAGCCAUGCGGGAGAGGCAGUGCUCACGGCAGGAGGUCCUGGCUCACUAUUCCCACCGUGCUCUGGACGAUGACAUAAGGAACCAGAUGGCCAUGGACUGGGUGAACCGGGAGCAGAGCAGCCCAGGGGCUCUUUCCAGGGAGCUGGCAUCCACGGAGCGGGAGCUGGAUGAAGCCCGUCUGGCUGGGAAGGAGCUGCGCUUCCAUAAGGAGAAGAAAGACAUCCUGAUGCUGGCUGCUGGCCAGCUGGGAAGCACACACUCCUCUAGCUGCUAGGCUCCAGUGCUGGCAUCCCACUUCCCUAGGGGAUCCAGCCCUAACGCAUGUUCCCAACUUCCAGCCCAUUUGCACAGUGGAGAGGAAUUGGAAAGGGAAAAAGUCCUUUAUGGAGAUCUCAAACCCUUGUUAGAAUACUUUGCUUCCAGCUCUGCUCCUCCUGCUCUGGUGGUAUUCCAGAGCCGGCAGCAUUCCAGGGAUUUAGCACUUCUCUUUGGAGCACAGACCUGCUUUCUGGUGCUUUCUGCUUCUAGAAUAGAGGGGGCUCUCUCAAGCUCCUUCACAACAAGUUCAAACCCAGAGGGGAAAAGCUCCUGGGCAUGGUAAAAGGGAUUUAAACUGGGAUCUUGUCUGGCCAGGCUUAAACAUGGGAAUCCGGCAUUCCAGGCUUUGGAUUUGCAGCCCCGCUCUGGCUCUCCAUGCCCAGGAUGGGCUGUAGUGCAUUAACAACCACCCCAUAUGGUGCUUAGGGGGGGUUUAAUUCAUCUCCUGCCCUGCUCCUCCUUAAUCCCUGCUGGAUUCUUGGAGUGUUGAACCCCAAUCCCGGCAGCAGUUGGGAAUUCUGCUGGCAAUGGAGACUUUGGGUUUCCAGGUGAGUGGUUGAUGCUCAAAGGUGGAUGUACCUCCUGGAGCAUCCUUCCCAAGGAAGCUUCCAGAGGCCUAGCCAGGCUUCCCGUGGGAAGCAGGGAAUGGGGAGCCCUGCAGCUGUGGGGUUAAGUCCCCCUUAACCAGAGCUGGGUUUAAGUCUUGCUUAACCAGAACUCAUUUUAUGUCCUGCCUAAGUCGAGCUGGUUAAGUCUUGCUUAACCAGAGCAGUGUUUGAGCCUCACUUAACUAGAACCGAAUUUAAGUCUUGCUUAACCAGACUGAAGUGUUUAAGUCUCAGUUAACCAGCUCUGUGCUUAAACCACGGGUAACUAGAACUGAUUGUGUCACCUGACUGGAGCUGGUUCUAAGUCUCUUAACCAGAACAGUGUUUAAGCCUUGCCUAACCAGAGCUGGGUUUAAGUCUUGCUUAACCAGAGCAGUGUUGAAGUCUCAGUUAACCAGAGCUGUUGAAGUCUUGCUUAACCAGAACUCACUUUAAGUCUUAGUUAACCAGAACAGUGUUUAAGUCGCGCUUAACUAGAACUGAUUUUAAGUCUUGCUUAAGCAGUGUUUAAGUCUUCCUUAACCAGAACAGUGUUUAAGUCUUGCUUAACCAGAACUCACUUUAAGUCUUUGUUAACCAGAGCCAUGUUUAACCCCGACCCAGGGCUCAGGUCCUGCCUCUCACUCCCAGCCAUUCCCAAACCCCUUCCUCCUUUUCCAACGCGGGCAGCUGGAAUUCCACCCCCCUCCUUAGCUGUAGCCCCUCCACUUUUGUAAUCUUGUCCUAACAAACCCAGAUUAGUGGGAUUUGUACCUUUUUUAUAUACGCAGCCUCUAGCCAUGAUGUUUCACGUCUGAUGGGAUGGAAAUGGGGGGAUUUGCCGUUGUUACUCCUUCUGUUGGGAUGGGAUCACUGGUGCUUCCAGAGCCUUCCAGAACCGUCUGGAGCAUCCAAGGGCCGUUCCUGGCAACCCCGGACCCUGCUGUGAGCCUCUGCCCAGAGGCUGGGAAAGGAGCAAAUCCCGGUUCCUAGAGCAUCCCAUGGGAUUGUUCUCAGUGUUCAGGCAGCGAUGGGGCCGAUCGCUGCCACACUGCGCCUUGUGUACGACUUUAUGCAAUAAACACCCGAUUUGGGGUAACUGA